ACGAUGCGUUGAUCGAUAAACCAAGUUUUGGUGAUAGUGAUGUGCGCCGAAUGCCGAGGGUUAAACGAUAAAUGUUGUGAAAUAAAAUGUGGCAUCGAUUUACGCAAAGAAAGGCACCAUGUCGGGGUGUUGGUGUUGGAGUGAUGCAUGCAUGCGUGCCGGCAGCAGCAGCAGCGUUCAACUUUUCUCGCCGUAUUCAAAACGCCUGAAAAAUUCCUCUGUAGAGGAGACCGACGUGGUAUUUCGUCGUUGCUCGUAAACUUGGCGUCGCCUUGCCUCGCCUCGAUAUUCCAACGUCAGAAUAUACUUUGCACGUACUUACAAUUAGCGAAUCAACUCUACACCUGGUACCUACCUUACACCACUACAUCGCGUUUAUGUACAUUCGAAAUAGUUUGUCAGGUGGAAUCGAGAAGAGCCACAGAUGAAGUAAACCAGUCUACAUGUGACGUAAAACCUGGAACAAUUUCCUGGCAAAAGAGUUUCUGCAGAAAACUCAAGAACAGCUGGUCAAAAUCUUGAAACAUCCAUAAGUUUCAGAAGCAACGUCGUCGAACAGCACAGACACUUGCCAUGAUUUAAAUAUUAGGAAUAAUAAGCAUGUUGCUCCCAGUGAUGUUGUUAAAAUUCCCUUGAUAAAUCCUGUGAAAAGAAGAAUUUGUGUUUAUGAUAAACGAAAGUACACUGCAAAACCAUAAACACCAAAACAGUACCAAAUUUUUUAUAUUUCAUGUUCGUGUAUAAUAAAAAAUUUGUCGCUAUAAACAGUGCCGGCUUUAGUUUCUGUGUACGCUGUUAUUAAAAGAGGUUAACUGUACUGAAAAUCAGUAGAAACGAAAUAUUUAGGGUGUAUAUUGUUUAUCCGAUAGAAUUUGACGUGAUUCAAAAGGACAUUCCAACGUUAAAAGCGAGCAUAGUGGUAAAAUAAUAAUUUUUUGAAGAAAUUAGCGAAAGCAUAAGUUAUUGCACUGUAAUUGUAGAUAACUAUUUAGCAUUUCUAAAUUUUAAACUGACAAACUUGAAUCACUCACGAGCAUCUUUAGUUCUUCAUAUAAAAUCGUGUAAAAUCAUAAAUAAUCAAUUUGCAAACGCGGAAGUGAAAAUAAUAAUUGAAACACGCGUUUCACCAAAAUUAAAACUUGAUCCCCCAAUUAAAUCAACGAUUUCAACAUGUCUGGACAGUAUCCGGGACAUAGUCGGCCCCCUGUGGGCACACCGCCUCCUCAAACUGUCUGGAAUCAUCUAACCAUGGCGCAGGGACAAGGGUUGAACAUGCAUCCGACAGCAUUGCCUGGUGCAGCUUUGAAUGCUCCUGGAUUCUACACACAUCCAUCAAUGACACGAGCGUCGCAUUUGGCAUCUCAAUUGACUCCGCAACUAGCCCACACACAAGCGCCGCCAACUUGGCAUACACCAACAGUACCUUCUAAACCUGUAACGCCCUCAAGCGCACCUGGAAAUCCUUUGUUUAGCUUACAAAUGUUGGUCGAUAAUCGUCAGAACCAAAACCAGUACAGGAAUUCACCUGGUACUCAGAGUACACUGGAUCUGUCGGCAACGUCAGAUAUUGCUGAAAAUUAUUCAAGGAUACCUCAAGAUAUACCGAUCAGUUUGACGGCCAGGAGUGUCGAUAAGAGCAGUAGAAACGGUAACAUCAUAUCACCACCGAUACCUUUGAACGGAGAAACCUCAUCUGACAGCGGUAUCAGCUCUUCAGUUCCGACACCAAAUUCUAUCAGUGAACCUGUUUCCUUGUCUACAAAGGAAAUAACAACGCCCAAAAUUACAGUGAAAAACUUUGAGAGCAAUUUGAAGGGUGUUGCCAAUCUUCACGACAAAGUUAAAGACCUGAAUAUGGAUAACUUUGCUCAAAAAAUGAUGAACUUGCCACCUAGUGUAACCAUCGAAAGGGUAUCGACAGAGAAGAAGGAUCAUGAAGUAUUAAAGUCCAAAGAUUCGUUAAGCGUAAUCGCGCAAGGACCUCGGAGUAUAUUACCAGUUAUUGUUAAUUUAACAUCAAAAACGGCAGAACAUAGGGACGUCACAGAUAGUCCAAGGAGAGAAACCAACGAGAUAGACAGAAAGGUGGAAGAAUGCAGUGUACGGUCACCAAAACAUCCUCUUAAACGUGGUAAAAAAGGGGUCGACUCGUUGCUGGAAAAAUUGGAGGGAGGUAACAAGAAAUUAGGCUGCAUGGAGAACAUUGGCUCGGUUAUUGUAACUCCGAUUGAAGAGAAAGACGCGUGUAGCAUUAAGAGCAUGUCGCCUGAACGUCAAAAAUCCAAAUCGCCAAGUAGAGAGGAUGAAGUAAUAUCACCGUCGUUUAGUAAUGACGAUUCUAAUGACAACGCUAAACAGCGUAGGAAAAGAAAAUUAGAAAAACCUGUCAGGUUAAGCAAAGAUUCAAAAACUGAGGUCGAAGAUAUGGAACUUGAACCGACCGAACCAUCCGUGCCAAGAAUGUGCGAACCAAUACCGGAGAAAGCAAACUCUCUACCAAUUCCAAAGCAAGAGGAAAGGAUAGAAGAGAAUCAGCCUAUCAGGAGGCGGAGAAGCAGUGAAGGACCAGCCUCUAAUGUACCUCCAAAUAAUCAAAGAGCGCGAAGAAAAUCCAGCGACGAUGCGACAGAGUUUUCUAAGGUCACAAGCCCGAAGGGUAUUGCCAAUGCGAACCCGUUCAAUGAGGUCGAAUCUGAGUUGGAAAAAAUGUUUGCCGGUAUUGUGGAAACUGAUGCAGAAUCAAAGGAGGAUCUGCCCAAAGUCGAGUCCAUGAAUAUGGAGAAAGAAAAUGUGGCAAACGUUGAAAAUACGGUAAAUGAGAUGGAGGCUCAAGACACUAAAGCAAUGGAUGUUACAUCAACGGUAGAAACUAAACCGUCAGUGAAGAAGACAAAAAAAGGCAAGGGCAGAGGUGGUAAGAGAAAAAUAUCCAGAUCUGCAGAUGCAAUAUUUGGCAGCGAUAUCGGCGAUUUGCCGCAAAAAGAAACUAAGAAGAAACGGGCAUCAAAAAAUGCCAAGAAACAAGAUAUGACGAAGAAAACUAAGAAGACGACAAAAGUCGACGGACUCAGAGAGAUGGCCUAUGAUUCCGGUUCCAAUGCAAGUUCCAUCAGGUCUCGCGGACCUGUGGUUCAUGUCGAGGGACCAAGGGACAGUCCCUUGAGUGUUCAAGUGGUUAAUGCUCCACGGGAAGAGGAGGAGGAAAAAAGUAAAGAAAAACGGAAGAGCGUGGGGAAUGGUAAUACUGGACGUAGCAAGAGGUUGAGCCAUCAAAAUGAUCUUGAUUAUCGUGGAAAAGUGAGCAGAGCUGGUCUCUUCAGUUCGACCCUAUCUUCUCGGUACGACGCUCACACUACAGAUUCAACGUGGGUUUGCGUUUUCUGUAAACAAGGCCCGCAUUCUGUUGUUCCUGGCGAUCCGGCAAGGCCACACCCAAAUUUAUCAGGCCCUCACAUCGCUGCUGGCACCUAUAUGGUUCCCGCCGGCGUUUUGAGCGAUUUGUUUGGCCCCUAUUUGAUAGGAAAAGAACGGUUGGAGGACGGGGUGAUGUCCGCCGACGAACAGGAAAUAACUACGGAACAGAAGAAGGGUGGGAAAAAUAAGAGGAGCUUAAGACAUGCGGGAUUGGCUGAUCAAUUUGCCGCUAAAAUGGGCAAGAAAAAGAGAAAUUCCAUCGAGGGCGGAAUUAAUACGAUGUUGACGGGAAUGACGCAGCUUCCUGGCGAGGAACAACGGUGGGAAGUAUGGCUUCACGAACAAUGUGCAGUCUGGGCUGCAGGUGUUUAUAUGGCAGGCGGGCGAGUAACGGGACUUCAAGAAGCUGUUUGGGAUGCUGCAAAGUCGGUUUGCGAUUCGUGCGGUUUUACUGGGGCCAACAUCGGCUGUGUGAAGCGAGGUUGCCGUAGCGUAACUCAUUACCCCUGUGCUCUCACUAAGGGCUGGCUUCUAGAUACGAACCAGUACAUACCCAAAUGCAACCUUCAUCGAGUUACGUGAAACUAUGGUGGAUCGGUAAACAGGGAAAAAAUUGUGUAACAUCGUUAAAACAUAAGGACUAUAAAACGUUUUACCCACGUUUAUAAUGUAGAAAUUGCGCAUGCGACAAAACGGAUGCCGGAAAGAUGUUGGAAAAGAAUGUUACGUGGACAGCGAGUUGUCACCUUUAUAUUAGUAACGUCUAUUUACCUCCAAUAGAAAUUUUUCCUAUCACUCGAGUAAUUAUGUAUAUUUUACCGAAACUAUGUGAAAUGGUUGACUUUACUAUUUGAACUUUAUCAUCGUUUGCUUGAUACAGCGUGACAAGUAAUAAGUUAUUCUACAUAUCUAGAUUGUGUUACAAGCAUGAAGGCAAAACCGAAAACUGCGAAGCCCAAAUGAUGUAAAAUAAUUUUUUCUUUUUUGUUCUGCCUAAAUCGACGAUUUAGCGUAAUCAUAAUCUGAAAUGGAAGUAUACAUUUGUUUUUGGUAUAUAUCUGCGAUUCGUUGCUAUCUCCUUGUGUAUUAUUUUUAAAUCGACUUAUAGCGAUUCAGUUUAAAUGGUAUACGUAUUCAAAUUGAAUAUGUUUCAAUGAGUCUUGAGUUAAUAUUUCACGGAACUCAAUUAUAUUACAGACAAAAAAUUCGAAUGACAACUGGCCGAAGUGUGAGGAUUUAUCGAGCGAUGCCUCUUGUAGUU